CGUAAUGUUUUGGUAUCAUUCGUAACUCUUUCAGUUGAACGUCUCUUCUUGCGUUUAGCGUCAAUAAAUGAUGACUCGAAAUUGGAGCAGUUCGCAUGUUCAUCGUUAAUGCAAAUUAUCGAAACGAUGUCAUCUGGAAGUGAGACUCUUCGUUCGAAGGGUAUUGAACUUUUGAGUCAUUUCAAUCGGCGUAUCAAAAGCAAUUCGACCAUCGCAUUACCAUUCGAUCAGCUUGUUACGUAUCUUAGUUCAGAUCUGGCAACUAGAAAUAUUAUUGCUACGGUGUGUUUUUCUGAUUCGCUACAUUAA